AUCCUCUCCUGCACAAUUUAAAGCGCCGGCUCCCUCGAGCUUCCGUUUCGGAGUUUACUGUCCUUUCUACUUUGAUUUGUGUGCCUGACUUUGGUCAUCGUGACUUGAUCGUUUUGUCCUUCCUUUCUUACCUAUUGGCACCCUCUAUACGCUCAGCGCCCUUCUGUGAUCAUGGCGCGCCAGAAACAAGCCGCGCCUUUGCAACGGGCCACAUCCUCGGAGCUGAUGCAUGUGCCGCCGGAGUCGCAGUCGCCAGACAAAAAGAAAGCUUCGGUCGCGAAUGGAAGUGCGUCUGGAAAGAAUGCGGCGCAUGAUGCUGCGCAGGAGGCUCCGGGCUUGAUGCAGCUUGCCAUUUGUGUCUUGGGCAUUUAUGCCGCGUUCCUUUCCUGGGGCGUUCUUCAAGAAGCCAUCACGACGGUGUCGUAUCCUGUCCACCUCCCUACUGCCGAAGGCCCCGAACCCCCGACGGAGCGCUUCACCUACUCGAUCGUCCUGAACACCAUCCAGUCCACCUUCGCUGCCAUCACCGGCUUCCUGUACCUGUUUUUCUCGACUCCGUCCGGCCAGAAAAUCCCCUCCAUCUUCCCUACACGCCGGAUCCUCUUCCCUCUGCUCUUGGUCAGCAUCUCCUCGUCGCUCGCGUCGCCUUUCGGAUAUGCCAGUCUGGCGCAUAUUGAUUACCUCACCUUCAUCCUUGCCAAGUCGUGCAAGCUGUUGCCCGUGAUGUUCCUGCACCUGACCAUCUUCCGGAAGAGAUAUCCCUUGUACAAGUACGGAGUCGUCCUCCUGGUCACACUCGGAGUCGCCACUUUUACCCUGCACCACCCCGGAACCAGCAAGAAGGUCGCCGCAUCAGCGGCAAAGGGUUCGGGCUCGAGCACCUGGGGCAUCUUCCUCCUUUCCAUCAAUCUGCUCCUCGACGGCCUCACCAACACCACCCAGGACCACGUCUUCAGCUCUCCGCAGCUGUACACUCGCUUCACCGGGCCGCAGAUGAUGGUGGCCCAGAAUGUUCUCUCAACGUUCCUGACGAGCAGCUAUCUGUUGAUCAUGCCCCAUCUGUCGUCCACCGGCAUUCUGCACAACCUCCUCCCCUUCCCUAUUCCUCCUUCCACCGAGACCGAGCUGAACUCCGCCAUCAGCUUCCUGUCCCGCCACCCCGAGGCCCUGAAGAACGUGCUCGGAUUCGCCGCGUGCGGUGCCAUCGGCCAGCUCUUCAUCUUCUACACGCUGUCUCGCUUCUCGUCCUUGCUCCUGGUGACUGUGACGGUGACCCGCAAGAUGUUGACCAUGCUUCUGAGUGUGUUCUGGUUCGGCCACGCGCUCUCCGCCGGACAGUGGCUAGGCGUGGGUCUCGUUUUCGGAGGCAUUGGCGCCGAGGCCAUCGUGCAACGACAGGAGAAGAAGGCCAAGGAGCGAGCCAAGGCUGCACAAAAGCAGGAAUAGAGCUACCCCUUAACCUGAUUGUAUUACUUCUGAAUAUGUACAUACUUUAUUAGACUUGAUCAUAG